AUGGCUACCGCCGAGCAAAUGAAGCAAUAUGAGGAAGUGCUGAAGACACAUACACCAGCCCUCAACAAGCCCGUCACAGAGAUCGUUAUAUUCCGGACAAAGGAAGAGAUUACCGAGGAGACAAGGACGGCACUGGAGAGAGACUUUGUCGGUCCCUCAUCCAGAGGCAAAGGUGUCCGCGCAACGGCAUGGGGUUAUGCUCUGGAUGAUCCUCGCACUUUCGUGAUCGCCUUUGAUUGGGAGAAGAUUCAGUACCACUGGGACUUUUGGCAGACUCCGGAGUUCGCCACGGUCAUGGGCGCGAUCGAUAAAUGGUUUGUGCCGGGAAGGCCCUUGGUCAGGCACUAUGACUUCAAUCCUCCGGGGCUUCUCAAAAGCAAAUUUGUCUCAAUUAGCAUCUGGGAUGAAGGAGAGGAGAAGGAUGUUAAGGAAAUUAAGAGUAAGGUGAACAGCGAACAGCAGGGCUGGGAGGCAAGACAAGCUGGAUUCGCAGCGGACAUGGGAGAGAUGACAUGGUGUGCUGUGGUUCUCGGCUACGGCAGCGAAGAGGCUGCGAGAGCGGACGGGAUUCAGCCAAAAGGGGUGACGCAUCUCGUGCAGCUCAAGCGUGCUUAA